GUGGUCCUCACAGACAAGACCUCGGGUGCAUUCUCCGCCAAAGGGGACUCCGGUUCCUGCGUCACCGAUGCCUUUGGCCGCUUCGGAGGCAUUAUCAUUGGCGGUAGUGGCGUCACCGAAACCUCCGACAUCACCUAUGUCACCCCCAUCUCCUUCAUCACGAAGACCCUCCACGCCAGCAAGCGCUUCCAGCACGCCCACCUUGGCCCGAUCCUCGCCUAG